AUGUCCUUAACCAUUCUAUUGGAAAUUGGGCACGAUGCCUCUUUGAAAUCAAAAAUAUCACCAGAGGGAUUUACACAUGAUUGGGAAGUCUUCGUAAAAGGACAAAACAGCGCAGAGAUUCAUUAUUAUGUAGAAAGAGUUGUUUUUCAUUUGCAUGAGACUUUUCCGAAACCAAAGCGAGUUGUAAAAGAGCCACCUUAUUCGUUAAGGACCUCAGGUUAUGCAGGUUUUAAGUUACCCAUUGAAAUUUAUUUGAAAAAUAAUCAAGAGCCUAAGAGAAUUAAGUUUAAUUAUGAUUUGCAUCUUCAACCUAAUGGUCCACCAAUUCAUAUAGUACAAAAAGAAAAGUACACAUUCUUUAAUCCAUCUGAAGAGUUUAGGAGUAGACUUUUGAAAGGAGGAGCAGUAGAAGGUAGCGGUAAAGAAGAAAACAACGUAAACAGGUUGUCGUCAGAAGAGAAAAACCAAAUGACCAGCAAACCGAAAUUCAGUGGUACGGAUAUCACUAAGAAACACAAAAUGAAGUUCGACGAACCGAGAAAUACGGAUUUCGAAAAUCUAUUCGGUCCGCCCAUCAAGAAAAAUAGCAAAUUACCGGAACCGCCGAAACCCAGGGACCCCUUGCCCCCGCCCAAGCCCCCCAACACCGACAAAUCUUCCGAUAAAGACAAGAGUGACAAAUCUAAAUCGAAUAAGAGCAUACACAAAGAUAAGGACAAAGAAAAACCCAAAGAAAAAUCGUCAGACGGUUCCGAGAAGAAGAGCAAAGAAGAAAAGCGGAAAUCCAAGGACGAUAAAAGCAAGGAUAGAGAAAAGUCUAAAGAGAAGAGCUCCAAAAAGGACAAGGAGAGGGAAAAGUCGCCUAUGACGAGGCCGAGAAGUCCUUCUCCUAAAAGAUCACCCAAAAGAGACUCCAGCCCUCCUCCGACACAAAAGCACAGUAGCACCAAAGAUAAAGAAUCCAAUAAAGAAGAAAAAAAGGAAAAGGAUCGCGACAAAGAUAAAAAGGAGGAUAAGAAAUCGAAAAAGGACAAACGCGACCACAAGGAAGGCAAGCACAAAGACAGGGAGAAGGACAAAGAGCACAAGGAUCACAAAAGCAAAGAUAAGGAUAAAGAUAAGGACAGCAAGUCGUCUAAGGACAAGGAAUCAUCUAGUAACAAAUUGAAAGAGAGCAGCCCAUUUGCAGCCGUCACUAAUAGUUCUCAAAGUGCACACAAGACUGAAAAAAAGCCGAAAGAAAAAGACCACAGCAAGGAUCAACCGAAAGACGAGGAAAAAACGGACCGAAUAGACAGAGAAAAAAACGAAAAACCCGAAAAGAGCCGUCAAGAAUCCGAAGAAAAGGAAAAGGACAACAAAGAAAAAGACAAGGACAAAGACAGCAGUAAAGAUCGACAGAACAAACACAAACACAAAAAGAAGGACAGGAAGGAGAAGAAGGAAGAGAAACAUUCCAAAAAGGAGGACAGGAAGAACGAGAAGCCAACGUCGAGUUCGGUAUCGAAUUCCAAUUCCAAUCCCGUCGUCAAGGACGUAUCGAAGGAAUCGAUUGUUCCCCCGCCUCCGAUACGAGAGGCGGCCGUCGACAAAAGUAACUUGUUCGGUAGUCCCAAAAGCGAUACGCCCUUGACUCCCAAGGAGUCGGAAGUCAAAAUCGAGAAUAAUACACUGUUUUCCAGGGACGACGAAAGUUCAAAUGAUUCGGUAAAAAUGAGCAGCAGAGAGGCUUCCCCGGCGCCCAGAGUGCCUUCUAAGUCACCAUCUCCAGUUCUCGUGCCCGAACCGGUCAAAAAACCGGAACCUGAAAAGAAAAAGGAAUCUUCACCAAAGAAAAAGGAUAAGAAAGAGAAGAAGAAGGACAAGAAAGUCGAUAAAGAUCACGAAAAAAGGAGGAAAAGGAAAAGCGAUUCGACGACGACGACAACAACAACAACGACGACGACGGUUCUGGAACCGGAACCGCCCGAAAAGACUCAGAAAGUGGAUGUCGAAGAAAUUAACUCUGACGAGGAGAGCAAAGUGUCCAGUACCGAAGACGCUACGGCCAUCGUCCAGCCAAAAAGCGAGUGUGAUAUGGAAAUGCUGCGUGACCUGCAACACAAAAUCAUGAGUCUAAAGGACAGCGCCGACCUACAAAGGGUGGUGCAACUGAUCGCGGAGACUGGGCAAUAUGAAGUGUCCGCGCAUACCUUCGACUUCGAUCUGUGCCUGUUAGACAGGUCGACGGUCAGGCAACUACAAGACUUUUUCGCCACGGUAUCGUAG